GAAAGUUACAGUAGUAAAUCUCGAUCCGGCAAAUGAUUUUUUACCAUAUGAAUGUGCAAUAAACAUGGCAGAAUUAAUUACAUUAGAAGAAGUUAUGGAAGAAUUUAAGUUGGGUCCAAAUGGGGGAAUGAUGUAUUGCAUGGAAUAUUUGGAAAAAAACAUUGAUUGGCUUGAAGAAAAGCUAAAGGGCUUAGAAGAUUCUUAUUUUUUAUUUGAUUUUCCCGGUCAAGUUGAACUUUUUACUCAUCACGGGUCGGUUAAAAAUAUACUUGAGAGAUUGCAAAAGUUGGAUUACAGGCUUGUAACGAUUCAUCUAGUAGACGCACAUUAUUGUACUGACCCAUCAAAAUAUAUUUCGGCGUUAUUAUUAUCACUUGAGACGAUGUUACAGAUUGAGCUACCUCAUAUUAAUGUACUUUCAAAAAUAGAUAUAGUUGAAUCAUAUGGUAAAUUAGCUUUUAACUUGGAUUUUUAUACCGAAGUACAAGAUUUGUCAUACUUAUUAGAACAUUUGGAGACUGAUCCAUUCGCAAGUAAAUUUAAAGAAUUAAAUAAAGCAUUAUGUGGAUUAAUAGAAGACUUUAGUUUAGUUGGAUUUCAUACACUUUGUAUUGAUGACAAAAAUUCUGUGAUGAAUCUUGUUAAUGUAAUAGACAAGGCAAAUGGAUACGUAUUUGGCGGAUUGACAAAUGGUAAUGAAAGUAUUUUUUUAACUGCAAUGAGUGAUAUAAAUAGUUAUCAUAAUGUUAUGGAAGUGCAGGAAAGAUGGCUUGAUCAUAAAGAAAUAUAUGAUGAAUGGGAGGCUAAGCAAAAGCAACAACAGAUGGACCAGGAUAAAAAAUGA